UCGCCAGUUGGCAAAGAUGGCGGCGCCCGCAUUGAACGAAGAAAUACAAUAUGUUACUUACUACAAUUUCCGUCCUACCAUUUUGCACGGAUAUAUCGGACCGUUUGUCGGUCUGUAUCUCGUCUGGCUCUACUGCUGGACCGUUGUGUACGGGCUCGAGGAGUAUUUCGAGGCCGGUUUGAUCGCACUGGCCUGUAUUGGAGUGGUCCAAGUUCUGGUGUCGCUGUUUUGUUUAUGGUCCGUGCACGUGCGCUGUGUUCUCACGUGCUCCAGAGUUCUGAGUCCUGAGAAAGCCACGUUGGUGAAGGUGGUCCCGACUCCCAACAACGGCUUUACAGAACUUGUGAAGCUGCAUAGAACUCAGGAAAAUGGCGUUGAGGAGUUGUGGUUCAACUUCCAGAAGACCAAGUAUAGCUAUGACAGGGAGGAGAAGAGGCAGUUUGUGGCGCUGACAUUUCCAGUGUCCCACUCCGUACACCACUACCUCGAGUGGAAGGGACUGCAGGAGGAGGAGGACAUCAGGCACGCUGAAAACACAUUUGGGAAAAACCUGCUGGAAAUGGACAUCCCAAGGUUUGCCGAGCUGUUCCAGGAGCGCGCCACUGCGCCGUUCUUUGUGUUCCAGGUGUUCUGCGUAGGCUUGUGGUGUCUAGACGAGUACUGGUACUACAGCGUGUUCACUCUGUUCAUGCUAAUAGCCUUCGAGGCCACGCUGGUACAACAGCAGCUGAGGAACAUGGCUGAGAUACGCAAGAUGGGAAACAAGCCCUAUAUGAUCAAUGUGUACAGGAACAGAAAGUGGCGUAUGCAGCUGACAACAGACCUUGUGCCUGGGGAUAUAGUCUCUAUAGGUCGUUCCCAUGAUGACCAUCUGGUACCAUGUGACCUGCUAUUACUAAGGGGACCAUGUAUAGUGGAUGAGGCCAUGUUGACAGGGGAGUCAGUACCUGUGAUGAAGGAGCCCGUUGAGAGUCUGGAGGGGGACCACGUCCUAGACGUGGAAUCAGACGGCAAGCUGCACAUCCUGUAUGGGGGGACCAAGGUGGUACAGCAUACCCCACCCAGCAAGACAACUGCGGCCAUGAAGGCUACUGACAACGGCUGCAUCGCUUACGUCCUCCGUCACAGUUUCAACACAAAUCAAGGGAAGCUACUCCGUACAAUCCUGUUUGGUGUCAAGCGUGUCACGGCUAACAACGUGGAGACGUUCUUUUUCAUACUCUUCCUGCUCAUCUUCGCAAUUAUCGCAGCUGGAUAUGUUUGGAUCAAGGGUACUGAGGAUCCAGACAGGAACAGAUACAAACUCUUCCUGGAGUGCACCCUCAUCCUGACAUCAGUUGUCCCCCCUGAGUUACCCAUAGAGUUGUCCCUAGCUGUCAACACGAGUUUACUGGCACUCACAAAACUAUACGUUUACUGCACAGAGCCAUUCCGUAUACCGUUUGCGGGGAAGAUCGACAUCUGCUGCUUUGACAAGACGGGCACACUGACAGCGGACAACCUGGUGGUGGAGGGAGUCACUGGGCUCAAAGGUAGCGAGGUCCAGAGUGCACUGGAUUGCCCUGUGGAGACGAUCCACGUGCUGGCCACCUGCCAUGCCCUGGUACAGCUGGAUGAGGAGCUGGUAGGAGACCCACUGGAGAAGGCUACACUACACGCUGUAGAGUUCUCACUCACUAAAGGAGAGACAGUGGUCUCUCAGCGUAAGAAGAUGCACGGUCUGAAGAUCUUCCAUCGGUUCCACUUUGCCAGCGCCCUCAAGCGUAUGUCGGUCAUUGCGGGCCACACCCCUCCAGGCUCCAUGGAAACAGAGUACAUCGCGACAGUUAAAGGGGCACCAGAAACCAUCAAGACCAUGCUGAAGUCAGUCCCAGCUGACUAUGAUCGUGUCUUCCUUGAGAUGGCUCGCCGUGGAGCAAGAGUGCUGGCCCUUGGUCACAGGCAUCUUGGAAAGCUGUCACAUCAAGAUCUGAAGAUAAUGACCAGAGAUGACGUGGAGAGAGACCUCGACUUUUGUGGUUUUGUAGUCAUCUCCUGUCCACUCAAGGCCGACUCCAAGUCAGUCAUCCGUGAAAUACAGAAUGCUUCGCACCAUGUUGCCAUGAUAACGGGAGACAACCCUCUGACUGCCUGUCAUGUUGCCAAGGAGCUACGCUUCACCAGGAAGCAGCACACACUCAUACUGCAGGCACCUGCCUCUGAGGACCAAGCGUGGCAGUGGCGUUCCAUUGAUGAUACAGUGUCUGUUCCUGUGGAGACAGCAGGCGAUCUUCGCAAACAACUUGUGGAGGAACAUGACCUCUGUCUCACAGGGGAGGGUGUGAGCUAUCUACAGAGGGAUCACCCCAGGAUCUGGAAAGUGGUUCUGCCCAAUGUGAAGGUCUUUGCUAGAGUGGCUCCUAAACAGAAGGAGUUGAUAAUCACAUCUCUAAAGAGCCUUGGGUUCAUUACUUUGAUGUGCGGAGAUGGAACCAAUGAUGUUGGAGCCCUCAAACACGCUCAUGUUGGUGUUGCGUUGCUGGCCAACGCUCCAGAGAGAAUGCCAGAAUCCAGACACAAGAAGGAAAAGGAAGAGCCGUCAGACUUGACAUCCAAUGCUACUGACAGACAGAUCUCCCCUCGUGGUCUAGCAGGCAAGCAGAGCCGCGUUGCUAAGCAACGGGCCAUAGCUCGGGGGGACAACAUGGCACCUGCUCAGAAGAAGCUUCAGACAAUGAUGAAAGAGAUUGAGGAGGAGGAAAAAGCAGCUGUCGUUAGGCUUGGAGAUGCUAGCAUCGCUUCACCCUUCACCUCAAAACUAUCCACCAUCAUGUGUAUCUGCCACAUCAUCAAGCAGGGCCGAUGUACCCUGGUGACAACCCUACAGAUGUUCAAGAUCCUAGCCCUCAAUGCGCUAAUCCUUGCCUACAGCCAGAGUGUUCUCUUCCUGGAGGGGGUCAAGUUCAGUGACACCCAGGCCACCAUGCAGGGACUACUACUCGCCGGCUGCUUCCUGUUCAUAUCCAGAUCAAAGCCCCUGAAGUACCUGUCAAAGCAGCGGCCUCUUCCCAAUAUCUUCAACUUCUACACCAUAGUAACCGUGCUGUCCCAGUUUGCUGUACACUUCGUGUCCCUAGUCUACCUAGUACAGAGUGCUCAACUUAUAUCACCAAGAGAAGGCAAGGUGGACCUAGAGGCCAAGUUUGCGCCCAACCUUCUCAACACUACAGUCUACAUCAUCUCCAUGUCUCUACAAGUCUCAACCUUCGCUGUUAAUUACAAGGGAGAGCCGUUUAUGGAGAGUCUGAUCAACAACAGGCCCAUGUUGUACAGCAUCUCCAUCUCCGGGGGAGCCAUCAUAGCCAUGGCUAGCGGUCUCCUACCAGAGGCCAAUGAGUACUUUGAACUUGUGCAAUUACCUACAGAGUUUCGCAAUACUGUGAUGGCAGUGGUCAUAGCGGACAUUGUUGGCGCAUUUGUCAUAGACAGAACCCUGCAGCUGUUGUGCGGAACGGGGAAAGUGAGGCGGCGGUAACGACAGCACUUCAUCUAGAUCUCAUCUAGGAUUUUAACUCAUUCAUUGGAGCUGGGUGUGAGAAAAAAGGGCAUAAUCCAUGUGCGUUAAGUGUCGUACCAGGUAAGCCUGUGCAGGCUGCACAUGCUUAUCACGGAAGACACUUUCCAAUAGUAUGGUAUUUUUGUUGAAAAAAGUAUUUUGUUGGAAAAAAUCUACUUUAGGCGGAAAGUAUCUUCCUUGAUUAGCCUGUGCGGACUGCAUAGGCUAAUAGGGGACGUCACUUUAUGCACAUGCAUUAAGCCCCUUUUUCUCAGAGCGCAGCUUAUUUAUGUGUGUGAGUAGAGAGUUACUUGUAUAUCAUGGACUGCACUGGUGUAUGGCUGGUGUAGAGAGUUACUUGUAUAUCAUGGACUGCACUGGUGUAUGGCUGGUGGAAUCUGUAUGAUUAUUCGGUUGAUUGGCUUGGCUUGAUCCUUCAUUGGUUGACAAUAAUUUAAUCAAUGUGUUAUUUUUUCAAAGUUUUAUUUUCUUUCCAUGAAAUGUAUUUGUUAAUUUAAGUUAUUGAGAAAAAUGCUACUUAAUAAAUCAUUUGCAAUAUAUCAAAACACUGGUAUCUGCAUUUUUGUAAAAAUUAAGAUUUUCAUGGUUAUGAACUCUUCAAUAAGUUUUCAUCAUUUUUUGCAAAAUCUUUUUUAUCUGUUUUAUGUUAAUUUCCAUUUCUUGUGUGGGUAGAUUGAUGAAUUUGGUAUCGCGAUGAACAAUUAUUUAUGAUUAUGUAUGAUUUUGUAAAGACUGAAUUGUCGUAGACACGAAACGUAUUAAUAUCCAACAUAAUCUAUGCGCACAUUGUUUGUUCAUUUAUUUUCAAAGCAAGCUUAUGUAAGGGAUUGAGCAUUUAUGAGGAUACAAACAUGUGCCAUAAUGCAAGUAACUGACCAUUGAAUUAUUCAAACCGGAUGUAGAUGAGGGGUGGGGGCGAUGGCCAUAGUAAUUAUUAUCCCCCGCCAUAGGCGGAGGGAUAUUGUUUUGGCGUUGUCCGUCCAUCUGUCCGUCAGUCCGGAGCCAUGUCUUGGAAGUGCUUUGGCGAAUUUCAUUGAAACUUGGUAUGAGUAUAUAUAUGGAUAACAGGAUGAUGCACGCCAAAUGGCAUUGUACACCAUCCAUUAAUAACGGAGUUAUGGCCCUUUGUAUCUUUUAAAAAUGCUUUUUUUUUCUGUCAAAUAUAACACUUUUGUGUCCAGAAGCAUAUUGGCGGGGGAUAUCAAUUCAACGAAUUUUCUUGUUUCAUUAUGAAUUGCAAGAUGAAACAUAUGGCAGGAUUCGAGCUUAAACUCACCUACCCCUUAUUAUUUGUCAAACAUUCAGCCAUUUUAGCAUUUAUAGAAUUAUUGAUGGUGAACAUUAAGCAGAAAUAAUGUGAGUCCAAAUGACCUUUUUGGGGACCAAAUUUUAAGAAUGGCUUGACUGUAGGGCAUGUUUAGUUUAAACGUGUUUAUUUCAAACAAGAAUGCAUUUACACAUGAAACAUACAACAAUUGCAUACACACAAGUUUGAUUUGGAUUAGAACGGAAGACUUCGUCUUAAAUAGUUCUUCUCCAAGUGCAUGUUUGAAUAUAUAUUGAGCAGUGGAUGUUAGCGUAUUCCGUCAACACUUCAUGUUUAAAGACUGUAUGUGAAUUUGGAAUGUGAAAUCAUUUUGGUGAUCAUCUCAAACAAAAUUGAUAAUUGCAGGUUCUCAAUAGAUAUUUUUUAAUAUUCUGUGGAUACUUAAAGUAUAAUAAUGACUUCUUCAUGACUUGUUUCAUUAACAGUUAUUGUAUUUUUCAUCUUUUUAACUGUGUUCAUACAAGAAUGGACAUGGUCACAACGUUUAAUUUUGGGGGGAUUUAAAAUAAAUUUAAUUUAGCAUCCAGAUUUGUUGUAAAACAAUUUAUAUGAUCCAAUUAUGUAUGUUAGUGCCUGUUUUAUUAAGAAUUUGUGAAAAAUAAAAAUGCAAAAGGUGAACAUCCUUAUAAUGCACUGUUUUAAAGAAAAACAGUUCUGAUUGAUGUCAUAUUCAAUCUUCACAUGAAAGUGAGUUUUAUUUAUUAUUUUUUAACCAAAACAGUAUUGCAUGAUUUGAUGAGUUUAUUUUUUUAAUCAAAAUAUAGAGAGUUCAUAUUGAAUAAUAUUAUUAUUAUCUUAAGACGACUUUAAGCACUUAAACACUUUUUUAUAUUCAUGCUGAAAAUAUAUAUUAAACAAAUACUGGAAUAAUUCUAGAUUGUUAAGAUAUAUGAAUUAUUAUUACCUAUUUAUUCUAAAUAUAUUUUUAUAUUUAAAUUCUUGCUUCUUAAAAUGCUUACACAUCUUGGUGGUGUUUUUAUUUUACCGGUAUAUGUUGUUUGGAAAAGGGAAAGUAUUUUUUGUUUUGUGAAUUUUAAGAGGUAAAUCAUAGCCAAUUGAAAAAUCUGCAAGAUAGAAUUGCAGUGUUCCUUAUAGGGCUUAAGUAAAACCAUUUGAACACUCGAGUCACAUUUUUGACCCACUAAUAAUUAAAUUUGUUAAGAGAUUUAAAAAUCUGUUGUGAGGAUAUAUGAGUUCAAAAACAAUUUUGUUCAUUCAAAACAUGGAUGCCUGGUGUUACAACUGUUUUCCUUAUAAUUCUUUUGUGAAACCAUGGGAACACUACCUUAUCAGAACUGUCAAGUUCCUUGGGGUCUCAGGUACUUAGGGCCUUUUGCCUUCUUGUUUAACCUCAAAAUUAAGUUCAAACAUGACUGAAUUUCAACAACAAAUGUUGUAUAUUGUCAUAAAGUGCUAUUACACCUGAGUGUUUUUUUUUUCAUCAGUGGUGUUUUGGUGUGGGUAAAAUUUGGGGCCAAAAUUCAACCUCAUUCCCAAUCUCAAAAAAGUAUGUAUUUUUCCCAAAUUACUGCCAAAAUUCCCAAAUAAAUACAGAUUAAAAAAAACAAUGUUUUUAAAUAGAAAUUGCAAUAGAAAGUUAUUCUCCAUAUCCAGCUUUGUGAGUCAAACUUUAGAAAAUACAAUGUUAAAACUACCAUCAUCACAAAUAAAUACAAUUUUAGUAGCAACACGUGAAUUUUCCCAAUGAACACUGCCCAUUCCCAAAAUGGUGAGAAAACACCACUGUGACCUUAUCAAGACCAAUCUGUGUACUUCCAUUGCAGGUCGUACAUCUGUGUGAAUGUAAAACUAUCUUGUACUGCAUUGUAUAUGUAAAAAUAUGUUGAACAGCAUUGUGUAUGUUAUACAAUGUAGUACUACAUGGUGUCUGUAAGCUGUACUACAUGGUGUAUGUUAUACAAUGUAGUACUACAUGGUGGAUGUAAUACAAUGUUGUACUACAUGCUGUAUAUAAUACUAUGUUGUACUACAUGGUGUAUGUAAUACUAUGUUGUACUACAUGCUGCAAGUAAUACUAUGUUGUACUACAUGGUGUAUGUAAUACUAUGUUGUACUACAUGGUGUAUGUAAUACUAUGUUGUACUACAUGCUGUAUGUAAUACUAUGUUGUACUACAUGGUGUAUGUAAUACUAUGUUGUACUACAUGCUGCAAGUAAUACUAUGUUGUACUACAUGCUGUAUGUUAUACUAUGUUGUACUACAUGGUGUAUGUAAUACUAUGCAGUACUACAUGGUGUAUGUAAUGCUAUGUGUACUACAUGGUGUAUGUAAUACUAUGUUGUACUACAUGGUGUAUGUAAUACUAUGUUGUACUACAUGCUGUAUGUAAUACUAUGUUGUACUACAUGGUGUAUGUAAUACUAUGUUGUACUACAUGGUGUAUGUAAUACUAUGUUGUACUACAUGCUGCAAGUAAUACUAUGUUGUACUGCAGUGUAUGUAUAUAAACUAAGCUGUACUACAUGGUGUAUGUUAUGCUAUGUGUACUACAUGGUGUAUGUAAUGCUAUGUGUACUACAUAGUGUAUGUAAUGCUAUGUGUAGUACAUGGUGUAUGUAAUGCUAUGUGUACUACAUGGUGUAUGUAAUGCUAUAUGUACUACAUGGUGUAUGCGGAUUUCAUGUCAUGCAGAUUCAUGACAUGUUUACAGUCAUUGUUUUUAAUUUAUUGAUAAAUUGUUGUAUUGAUAUUGUACUAAAUGGAAAAUAAACAGCAAGAGCUAUUUCUAUGAA